CCCCCUUCCAUUUGUGAAAUUUCUCUCGGAGAGGGCUCAGAUUUGUUUUGUUUGGGGGAGAUUUUUGUUUUUUGUUUUUUUGUUUUUGGAGGCAAUGGGGUUAAGUGACUUUCCCAGGGUCACGAAGUUACUAAGUGCCUGGGGUCAUAUUUGAACUCAGAUCCUCCUGACUCCAGGGCUGGUGCUUUAGCUAUUUCCACCUAACUUUCCCAAGGCUCAGAUUUAGAAAUGCUUAUAAACUUACUUACACUAAGAUUCAAAUGGUUGAUAGUUUUAAAAAUAUUGUCUCCCACUUUUUUUUACAUUUAAUGGUAGCCAAAGACAACCCACAUUCAAUUCAAUUCAACAUAUUAAGCAGCUACUAUAUUCUGUGCUCUGUACUGGGCAUAUAAAGAUAAAAAACAAAACCCCAAACCUGCCCUCAGGGGGUUUACAAUCUAACACUGGAGUACAAUACGUGUACAAGUAUGAUACAAGGGGCAAAGGAAGGAGAAAACACUUCCAGGGCUAAGGUUUCCUGAUUGAAAAGUAGUAUGUGCAGGGGAGGCACAUGAAAUAUGGCUGAAAAAGUUGGGUGAAGCCUGCUUGAAGAGGGGCUUCUGUGACAGGCAGAGGAGUCUAUAGUUUUAUCCUAGAAGCAAAAGGAAAUCAUUAAAAGUUUCUGAGCAGGAGAAUGCUGUGGUAGGACCCAGGCAGAGGCAUAUGAGCAUGGGAUGGCUCACAGAGGGCUGAGAUUGGAAACAAAGAUACCCAUUAAGAAAUUUGUGAUGGUGCCUUUGAGAAGAGAUAGAGGCCUGAAGUGACUUCCCCGGUGAGAGUAUGGGGGAAGAGUUAAUUCAAUUCAAUCAACAUUUACUGAAUGCCUACUGUGAGCAAGGUCCUACACCAUGUGUGGAAUUGAUUACUCCUCUCUAAAUUAUCUUCACAAAGGAAAGCUACCUUAAUGACAAAUUAUAUUUCCAUAGCCCUUUGAGCUUGCUAGGGUGAUUAUCAUCCCCAUUUGGCAGAAGAGGAAACUGAGGCAAACAUAAUAAUAACCAAGAGCAUUUAUAUAACCACUUUAAGGUUUGUAAAGAGCUUUGCACAUGUAAUCCCAUUUGAUUAAAGAGAAGGGAGGUCACUUUGUCCAGAGUCAGGAUGCUAGGAAGUGGCAGAGCUAGAAUUCCUACCUUAAUUAACAACUCAUUUAUACAGUACUUUAAUAAUAGCUGAUAUUUCUAUGGUACUUUUGAGGCCUGCAAAAUGCUUUACAUCUGUUAUCUCAUUUGAUCUUCACGGCCAUCUUAAAAAUUAUUUGCAAAUUAGAGACUAGGAAAACUGACAUUUAGAAAGAUUAAGUAACCUAUAAAUGAUCACACAACUGGCAAAUUACAGGUAAGGAUUUGAACCCAGGUCUAACACCACUUCCAUUGUAUCAUGGUGUCUGGUAAGUGUGUAGAAGUCAAUCAGAGCUGUCCUACAGUUUCAAGGAAAAGGAGUUAUUUGAAGGGUAGGUACCAUACUGUACCUAGGUAUUUCUAUUUCUUCACAUUUUCCUCUAAAUUGUGUAACUUAAUUUUUUUUUAGUAAUUAGAGAUUAGGUAAAUAAUUGUGCUUUAGCUACAAAAAUAGCAUUCUUUAUUAAACUACCAGCAAAAUCUCAUCCUUGGUCAUCCCCAUUAGGAUGACACCAAGCUUGGCCAGUUGACCCACAUGUGGUUUGGGCAGUGGGAUUUGAAAUGUUUAAGACUUACACAGCACUUUUCUUACAAUAAUCCUAUUGGAUAGAUAGGGUAAGCAUUAUGAUAUCCAUUUUACAGAUGAGAAAGUUAAAGUUCAGAGAGGUAAAGUGAUUUCUCCAAGGUCACAGUAGAAUUUCAGCUGGGGCUCCCACCCAGCUCUCUUGCCUCCCAACACCAGCAUGCUUACUUCAGUACCUGACCUUUUCUAUCUCAUAUUAUCCCCCAUGGAACUGGACUACUUACCAUCCCCCAUAUUUCCCACACACUUUCUUGCCUUUAUGAUUCUGCUGCUCAUGAUAUUCCUUAAACAUGGAAGGCUCCCUUUGAAUCUCUACACAUCUCUUUUUUUGGGGGGGGGCAAUGAGGGUUAAGUGACUUGCCCAGGGUCACAUAGCUAGUAAGUGUAAAAUGUUUGAGGCUGAAUUUGAACUCAGGUCCUCCUAAAUCUAGGGCUGGUGCUUUAUCCACUGUGCCACCUAGCUGCUCUCCAAUUCUAGUACUACCAGCAAAGCCCCACUUGGCAAAAUGGAUAGAGUAGUAGACCUGGAGUAGGGAAGACCAAGGUUUGAAUCCUACCUCAGCCGUUUAUUGACCCCAGGCAAGUCACACCCAUCUGCCUCAGUUUCCUCAUUUGGAAAAUGAGGAUAACAACACCUACUUCAUGGGUUAUGAGUCAAAUAAGAAAAUAGAUGUAAAGCAUCUUACAAUCCUUCUAGUGCUAUAUAAAUGUUAGUGAUCAUUUUCCCCCAGGAAGCCUCUCCUAGACACUUACCUCUUCUGUUUCUCCCCUCCCCCACAACCUGGUAUUUUACCCCCUCUCUAAUGCACUUUUUUUUUUUUAGUGAGGCAAUUGGGGUUAAGUGACUUGCCCAGGGUCACACAGCUAGUAAGUGUUAAGUGUCUGAGGCUGGAUUUGAACUCAGGUACUCCUGACUUCAGGGCCGGUGCUUUAUCCACUGCACCACCUAGCCGCCCCUCUAAUACACUUUUGUAUUACUGUGUCCUAGUUAGUUAUCAAGAUAUCUUAGCUCUGCUGGCAGGCUCAUGGACAGAAAUGGAAGGGUUUCUAAUCAGAAUCCAACACCCUCAUUUUAGAGAUGAAAACUCAGAGGCCCAGGGAGUCCAAGUUACCUACCCAAGGUCAUACAGCUAGUAAAAGUGGCAGGGUUAGGGUUUUCCAUGAGUUCCACAAGAACACAGAUGCCUCAUAAAGGCAGGUAAGUGCUUCAGGACUUGGAGUCCUUUAGACCAGAGUUAAAAUCUACCUCAGAGGGGGUUGAGAGCAGUACCUACCUUACAGGGUUGUUCUAAGGAUCAAAUGAGUUAAUACAUAUAAAGCACUCUGCAAACCUUAACACUCUAGAAAGGCUGGCUAUUAUUAGCUACAUUUUGCUUCUCCCAUAAUGCUUGGCAAACAGAGGCCUGCUCAAUGUUUGUUAAAUUUCUAUCCCCCCCUUAUUAUGCACGUGACUGCACAGAGUAGGCACUUGUUAAGUGUUUUCUUUUUUCUUUUUUGCGGGGCAAUGGGGGUUAAGUGACUUGCCCAGGGUCACACAGCUAGUAAGUGUCAAGUGUCUGAGGCCGGAUUUGAACUCAGGUACUCCUGAAUCCAGGGCCGGUGCUUUAUCCACUGCGUCACCUAGCCGCCCCUAAGUGUUUUCUGAAACAAUGAAAGGCCCCCUUUUCAGGAAGUUCUGUUACUCCGAUAUCUAGUAUCUCAAACUCAGCUAAGAAAUGCCUAGUUUAGUCCCUAACGUGAGCUGCCUUCAUGAGUCUACAAGGACCACCGGGAAUUGGACUGCACACAAAUGGGUGUCUCUGAAAUGUCUAUAUUUGAAAAAGUCUAAGUGGCUCACAGAUGCUUCCCUCCUCCCCUGUGAUACAAAAUGAAAUUUUAGUACAAACCCAGACUAAAUUGUUCCAAGUGUUGAAUGAAUGAAGCUCCCAUUCCUAGAGUUACUGCUGUUCCUUUAAGCAUAAGAUCAUAGCUUGAGACCUGGAAAGGGAUCUUAAAGGUCAUUCAUUCCAACCCCUUCAUUUUAUUGAUGGGGAAACCGAGAUCUAAAGAAGUCAUUUUUCCCCAGGUGGGAAGUAGCAGAGCUGGGACUUAACCCCAAGAACUCUCCAGGGCUUUUCCCACCAUCAACCUUUGCCAAUCAUGCCCAACUCUCCAACCCUAUAAUUAUGAAUUGCUCUUUCUGUCCCCUGAAAUGGGCAUUAAGGCAUAGAUAGAUAGUGAGACAUAGGGCAGAUCCUCUCUUGCCAGAUCUGGGGUCAAAGCCAGAUGCGUAACACUGAAUCCUAGCUCUUUAAGCCACCUAAGAAAUCAUCUCGCCUAACUCUGAUUUUACAGGUGACAGAAACUGAGGCCCCAAGAAGGAAGGCCAAUUGCCCAAAGGUCAGCACAAUCUGUUAGGGAAGGGGGCCCAGCUCUCCUGACUCCAAGGCCAGGCUUCUUUCCAGGGGAACACGAUACCAUUGACCUCCUCCCAAAUUCCUCAUAACUGGCCACCAUUUAAUGGGGAGUGGAGUCCUGGGUUUUAUUUAUGACUCCCCCAUUCUAUUAGCUUCUGUGAGAUGCUGAACAAGUCACAUCCCUCUGGGUUUGGUUUCCUCAUCUGAAAAAUUAUAAGGGGAUCACUCAGCUUUGACAUGCUUUUUUUGGGGGGGGGGAGGCAAUUGGGGUUAAGUGACUUGCCCAGGGUCACACAGCUAGUGUUAAGUGUCUGAGGCCGAAUUUGAACUCAGGUCCUCCUGACUCCAGGGCCGGUGCUCUACCCACUGUACCACCUAGCUGCCCCAGCUCUGACAUUCUAAGUUCCAAGAACCUUUCAAAUGCCAAAAUUCUCUUUUCUAAAGUGUUUUCUAUUUCUGGCAUUGUAUGACCCUGCAGUUCCUCAAUGGGACCCAUGGACACCUCCCCCCUUCAGUCCUAGUGAAAAAAAAGCCUAGGCCUCCUUAUUCUUACAAAUCAGCCCUGCAUUGAGCAGCAGCAGGAGUCCUACUUCCCACUAGACUUGCUCUAAGACCUUGAACGACUUUCCCCUUCAGAAUGUCUGUUACAUCUUUAACAGAAAGGCACUGUGCUAGGCUAGGUGGCCUCUACCCCAUCUCCCAUUUCUACACUCCAGGUGAAGGAUCUAGCUUUGGGCCCAUCACUUCCUCUUUCUGGGUCUUGAUAUCCGGAGGACCUGUCAGGCUUCCUUAGCAGCCCUGGUUCCUAGCUAGGAGCACUGUUCUUACAGCCUGUCUCCUUUCUUCCUUGCUAAAUUAUUUUAAACCUUCCGGUGAUAAGGCACUAGCCUCCUACAGCCUUCAAUCUAGGAAGCUGGGGUGGGGUGGGGGGAAGGUAAUAGGUUGUUGCGGCCUUGAAUUGGCAUCCCCUUUGCUCUCUAGCCCUUGGUUUUCUCAUCUGUAAGAUGAUAAGCUGGUGCUAGAUGAUGCUCACAGAACAUUCUCGGUUCAAAGCUCAAAGGCCUCCGCUUAUGACGUUCUGAGCUACAGUCCCUUUAAAUCUCCUUUCUUCACAGAGGCUCCCCCCUCCCCAGUUGGGAUGUUGCUAUAGUGAAUCUCCUUGGCAAUGACCCUAACGGGGGGGGGGGGGAGAGACCCGGGGACGCAUGCUCUGUGCCGGCUGGAGGGAUUCCGCCCCGAGCUGGGGGUCCCCAAACAAAGGUGCUGGAAGGGCGAGGCUGCGUGGGCAUUGUCGGGCACGGAGCUUAGACACAUCUGCAGGAAAGGCGGCCGCGGCACAGUCGCACCCCCAUCCAUCUCUCUCCGAUCCUUUCCUGGGGUUGCUGGGCCGCGCGCAGCCAAGCGCACAACCUGCGGGCCGGACACUCGCUAUGGCCGCUCGGCCUGCCGCCGGGGCCCGGGGCUCGAUGCUGCUCCCGCUCCUGCUGCUGCUGCUCGUCGCACCAGGGCUUCUGACGGCCGAGCCCUCUUCAGGAAGUGUCAUCCCAGCUGAAAGCCGACCUUGUGUAGAUUGCCAUGCUUUUGAGUUCAUGCAGCGAGCCCUGCAGGACCUGAAGAAGACUGCCUACAACCUGGACACAAGGACAGAGACCCUCCUCCUACAGGCCGAAAGAAGAGCCCUGUGUGAAUGCUGGCCGGCGGUGUCCUAGGCCAAUUCCCAUUUCUUCCCUGCAGUUAAAAAAAAACUGCAGGAAACUUUGGCCCAAGAUGUUAGCAUCUGAACAUCCCCAGAAGGAGAGGGGUUGUUCCCCACCCCCACCAGAGCGCAUCUCCCCUGCUUCUGCCUGCAUCACCUCAGCUCUGGCCCCCACACUGUGAACACUUGUGUCUGUCGGCCCACUGAGCUCCUGACACAAAGCCUGUUUGUCCUCGGUCCCUCCCACCUCCCUUUCAGGACCCCUUACUCCCCACCUGGACCCUGCCUCCCAUCCAUACUAAGGUGCUAAGGUAUUGUUGACAAGAAGAGCUCCCCAAAGCUGUGAGCACCAGGGGUGCUUCAGUUCAAUUUAAUAAAUGUUUGACCUUUCAUCUUCCUGCUCCCUGGUUUAACUGUCUUUGGCCCCCUCUUUCUUCUUUCUCUCUCCUCUUUUCCCCUCUCUUCUUACUUUCCCUAUCUCUGUCUCUCUUCCUUUUCUUUCUUUUUCCUCUUUCUUCUCUCUCCCUCUCUCUUCUCUCUCUCC